GCAAGCGAGUGUUGUACAUAAUUUUAUUUUCCAUUAUUUUUAUAAUGAUGAAUAAAGCAACAUGAAAGCAAUGAAUUUAAAAUCAAUUACAAAAGUGUUUUCAUAAUUUUAGUUCUUUACAAGUCCAUCGCAAAGCAUUGCGAUGGACGUACCGGAUGAGGGAGUCUUAGACGUGGAUUCUUUAGCCGACGAUGGAUCUGAUGAGGAAUGUGAAGCGCAACCGUCUUCAGACUUUUAUGCAGGCGCAGCAUCAACACCGACGUCAUGUGCAUCAUCUCCACGAGGCGAAGAGCCGGCCUCACCUCACGGUGCUAUAUCCCAAACCCAAUUUUUUCAUCAAACAUACACUCGUCCUUUUUUCGCAUCUGGAAGACGAGGCCCUGGCAGGCCACGGAAAGAAGGUGCUAAAUUGGCACGGGAAGGAAAAAUUGUUAGAAGAUAUAGAGGAGUACCAGGUACAGUUAGAGGUGCAAAAAGACAUCGUACUAGUAGAGAUGAUGCUUUAGAUGACAUGGGUGAAGAUGAUGAUUUCACUAUGCCAGCUCCUGAAGAGCCCCCAUAUACACCAGAAAAAUGGCCAGGAAAAGUUUGUGCUCUAUGCAACCUCAGCGAACGGAGCCAACUUGGGCAAGGGGAAAUGAGACAGAUACCAUGUCAUGUGGAAGAAGAAGGCAAUAUAACACCAGGAGCAAACUCUGGUGGGUUUACUCCAAGCAGCAUUAGUGGUGGAAUUACUCCUGGUAGUAUUACCCCUACUACACCUACACCUAGUACCCCUACAAACAUGCCGGUUGGAUUAGCAUCACCGCCGCUUGAUAUGAUGGAUGUCAACCUGCAACACGCUUUGCCUUUAAGUAGAAGACAGAAAUCAUUUAAUAAAUGCAAGACCCCACUUUACAACAUGGAACAUACAGAUGAGCUAUCAAUUAUUGGUCACUUGGAAUCUUUGGAAUUGCCAUCAAUGGUGUCCUUGGGAAUGAUUUAUAUCCACCGUUGUUGCCUGGAAUUCAGCCCGCCUUUUCAAGAUGAGGUGGCAUCGGGGCCUGAUGAUGAUAAAGAUCAACUGGAGGAAGCGAGAGUUAAGGGGAUCGUGACUGCUGCUCUAUCUCGAAAAUGUGCCUUCUGCCAGAGGCAUGGCGCAAGCAUACCAUGCAAGAUGAGUUGCAGUAAAUAUUACCAUUUGCCUUGUGUUCUGGGAUCAGGAGGAUUAAUGGAUUUUCAAAAUAAGUCAUCAUUUUGUAAAGAUCACCUGUAUCAAGCUCCACUUGUUGGCACUGCUGAUGUCGACUGUCGCACUUGUCGCACGAUCGGGGAUAUGUCGAACCUAAUGACGUGUGUGGUUUGUGGUGGACAUUAUCACGGCACUUGCGUUGGUCUUUCACAAUUACCGGGCGUCCGCGCGGGUUGGUCAUGUCGCUCCUGCCGCGUGUGCCAAGUGUGUCGGGGCGAAGCCCUAGGUGGGCCGGAGUCUCGUGCCGUGACGUGUGAGCAAUGCGAUAAGCUCUACCACGCGAUGUGUUUGCGACCCGUUAUGGCCACCGUACCCAAGUAUGGCUGGAAGUGUAAGUGCUGUCGGGUGUGUUCCGACUGUGGCUCCCGAUCACCCGGGGCUGGCCCUUCGUCCCGAUGGCACGCUCACUAUACAGUGUGUGACUCGUGCUACCAACAACGGAACAAGGGGUCCUGUUGUCCUCUGUGCCGCCGUGCUUACCGGGCGGCGGCGUAUCGAGAUAUGAUACGCUGUGUUGCUUGCAGACGGUUUGUUCAUGGUAUGUGCGACCCUGAAGCGGAUCCGCAACAAUACAGACUCAAAAAGGAACAAAAUCCAACAUAUGACUACACAUGUCCUCUUUGCAAGACUCAAAUGCUAGCUUCAAAGUCUGGAUCGUUUGAUGAGGACAACAUGGCUUCGACAUCCCAAGAUUCCUCCUUUGGCGAUGAGAAUUCACAGGAACAAGAUCCACUCGCAAUUGAACCUAAGACCGACAUUGGGCUCGGCAAAGGCAAACCGUUCUCGGUAUCAUCGAAGGUGGCGAAGAAGAAAAUUGGUGGUUUCAAGCUUAAGGGCGGGUUCCCUCCGGCCGGAAAAAUAGGUUUUCAAAAACGCCAACGUUCUGUUUUGGAGUUUGGUAGGAAACGAGGCUCCAAACCCAAGAUGAGGGGAGUUUUUGGUGUCCCCGGACUUGGACUGCAAAGGCCACAGGCACCGGAUAAUAAAGCGCCUGAAGACGAUCCAGGCGUGGAAAACAAGUUAGUGCUUUGUUCGAGCAAAGACAAGUUUGUGCUGACUCAAGAUUUAUGUGUAAUGUGCGGCGCGAUUGGAACCGAUUCCGAGGGUUGUCUCAUUGCGUGUGCGCAGUGUGGGCAGUCUUACCACCCUUACUGUGUUAAUAUCAAGGUAUCUCAAGUGAUAGUAUCACUCGGCUGGCGUUGCCUGGACUGUACGGUUUGUGAAGGCUGCGGGUCUCGCAGUGAUGAUGGAUUACUUGUGCUCUGCGAUGAUUGCGAUACCGCCUGGCAUACCUAUUGUGCGCGGCCUCAAUUGCCUGAGGUACCACGAGGUGCUUGGCGUUGCGAGCGGUGUCGAAGAUGUCUCGUUUGUGGUACAAGAGAUACUCAAUUGUGGUGUGAUAAUUAUACUGAAUGCGCUCCAUGUGCAUCGCUAGUGAUGUGCUGCGUUUGUUCGGAGCCGUAUUCAGACGGCGAAUUGAUCAUUCAAUGCGUACCAUGCUCGCGUUGGUUGCACGCUGCCUGCGAUGGUGUACGCUCGGAGGCGGACGCUGAAGUUUGCUGUCGGUCUGGAUACAAAUGCUGCUUAUGCCGGGGCCGAGACAUCCCCCCACCACAUUUAGCGAGAGCUAUCGAAGCACCAUCAAAACCACCGGGACAGUUGACAGCUCUAGCACUGGGGUUGGCCGGAGAAUACUAUGUUGAUGAUGUAUGUCUGUCACAACGCGGUGCACAUCAUAUGAAACAGCUAGAAGCGGAGCUCGGCAUUACCCAUACGAGACGCAAGCGCCGGUUCAAGCAUGAAAAUACUGAGAAAGAUGCCGAAAUAAUGGCAUCUAUUGAAACAGUGGUUCAGAACGCAGAAGGGGAUGGUGAUGACGGCAAACCUGACACUACAGCUGAAGUUAAAGAGGAGCCAGGUUUACCGGCAAACGCCAAUCUAAAGGAGGGAAUCCUAUGGAACGUAGCGAACGAUGGUCCGGUACCAGAGGGAUUUACGAUUUACACUACCGAUUCGGGGCUAACAGUACUUAGAAGAAAGAGACAACGUAACCUCAAUAAACUCGGUAUUGGCGGGUUCGUUGUGCGACAGAGACAAACGACGCUCAAAGCCCAAGCCGAUGAAGAUAAUGAUGGGACGCAAAAUGCAGAAUCGCCUAAUAACAAACGCAAGCCUCGUCGCAAGCCGCGGUCCAAACUCAUGGAACAGUUUCCCUCAUACAUGCAAGAGGCAUUCUUUGGCAAAGAUCUCCUGGAACCGAAGCCUGCAGCAAAAUAUUCAGGUGAUGAAAACGGUCAACGGUCCCCAGAAUUGGGUGCGUUUGAAAAUUCUGACUCGGACGGCGAGGACGUGCUCACGGCGCUGUGCACAUACACGGAGCGACACACCACGUCCUUUAUAACGCUCAAUCAGGACGAAAAAGAAGUACUCUGCACGCUAAAGCCAAAAGAAGAAAAGGAAGAUUCCUUCAGCUCAAUAACAGACAUCAAAAUAAAGACAGAGGGUGCUGAAGACUGCCAAUUGAAGCAUACAGAAGAUUCCACCGCACUCAAAAAUGCCAUAUUGGGUCCUCAUCACACUGAAAUGGACCAGGGAGUGUCGACAACUGAUGGAGUGGCUCCGGUACCGCCAAAGACGGAACCGAAUACUGAUAAUGCAUCUUCGUCACAACCGGCUAUAUCGCCAAAGGACGAGUUGUCUCUGCUUGGAGUAAACUUGGACGCGAUGGUCCGUGACACAUUACCGGACAUGGACAGUAAUGACGUCGAUGAAAUAUUUAAGGGUGUGCUGACUGAUGAUUCGCAGGAAUCUCAAGAGUCGUCGGUGUCGUACGUUAAUUCGAUGGCAGGCACGCCCUAUUCCCAGCAAAGGCAGCAGCUGCAAAGCCCAAUGGAGUAUGCAUCACCUUACCAUCACACAGACUUUGGUAGCAGUGGUAGCAGCGCUCUAAGUCCGCUGUACUCUGAAAGCGGAUCAGGCGGCGGAAGCGUGAGCGGAAACGGGGCGGGCAACUGGCCCGAGUCUAGCGCUCCGCCGCCUUCGUACAACCAGCGAAGUGCUGAUAAGAUGCGCGCUGAUGAAAGCCUCGGUUCCGCAGCGACAAUAUCAGCAGUCCUCUACGCCAAUACAAACCAUCCCGAAUGGAAGAGCGAGUUCCCGAACUGGGUGGAUCGAUGCAAGCAGAUACUUAAGAAGUGGCGCGCCCUACCUGCAGAGCAAAAGGCGCCCUAUUUACAACGCGCGAGGGACAAUCGGAGCGCAAUUCGCAUGAAGAAAGCCCAACAGAGUUCGAGCGGACCGAGCGAGGAGCCGGCGACAUCACCGGCACCCGUUAACGUGACGAGUGUCACCGGGGUCGGCGUGACUGGGGUGUCGGGCGUGACAGGAGUGACAGGCGUGACGGGAGUGACAGGAGUGACGGGAGUGGCAGGAGUGACGGGCGUGACGGUGAACACGGACCAGGAGCGAGCUUGUAAUCAGCAAAGAAGCGCUCGCGAGGCGGAACAGGAGCGGCAAUGGAAGCAAUUACAGCAAAUGCGCCAGCAGCAGACGCAGCAGCAACAGCAGAUUAUACACGAUCAAAGGAUACAAGCAGCAAUGCAGCGCUUGCGUACAGACGGCAGUCCUCCCUCAGGCCUUCCCACGGUGCUGCCCUCGGGACCGGUUAACGCGGAAGCCCCGAGGAGUACGUUCCCGGCACAACGUUUUCCACUUCACUAUGCGAACGCAGAUGACAACAUUAAUCGCCAGUUGAGGGAUCUCCUGCAGAGGCAUCCGGAGAAGAUGUGGCCGCCGCAAACUGGAAAUGAAGAAGGUGGCACUACUAAUAUAGGCACAGAAGGACAAGCAUUCAGACUUCCCUUGCCCGUUGGAGUCAGACCACGUACUCCUCUGCAGUCUAUGCAUAGACCGGAUCAUCAUUUGAUAAUGCAACAGCGACUAAUCGCAACAGAGGGAAAUCAACAGGGAAUAUCUAACGUAAAUCAACAAAAUAUGGAGCAGAAACAAAAUGCUCCGUCUCAAUCGGGAGGUGACAAGCCAGAUGGCGCUGAUCAAGGGAGCGAUGAGAUGGAUAUUGGAGAUAUGGAUAAACUCGAACAGGAUUCAGGGAAUAUUGGAGAGGUGGAUAUUUUAACCGGCCUCGGUGGGGAAGACGAUGAACAAUUGUUGGAAUCGUUGACCGCGGAAAUUGGGGAACAAUUCAAUAUCCUGGAAUAUGCAGAUCCGGAAUUAGCAGCACUUCACGCUGCAGAUCACUUGCUGGAUUCGUUGGAUCUGCCUGAUGACCAUCACCAUGCCUCCAAUGCUGGACAAGGGGCUGGAAGGAGAACGGACAUUGAGCAAAAAUCCGAUAAGAAAAUGUCAAGUGAACUUCAAACCGUAAAAUUGGAAACGAAAUCGGAAAUCAAAUCGGAAGUUGUGGAAGUGAAGUCUGAAGUUGUUGAAAUGAAGACAGAAGUACAAUCACAAUUCCAAGAUGGCGUACAAAGAGUGAUCACGCAGAGCCAACAUAUCGCUUUACAGUCUGCCAUGCAAGCGAUCAAAGCGGAAGUGAAGCCAGAAUCAGAGGAGACUAAAUCGGAAAGUGAUUGGCAGCGGCCGGUGUUCUCACAGAUGUUUGGAGUACAGCAACAGCAGCAAAGACAAAUUCAAGGCGCGAGGCCGUUGCUCGUUGAUGGUGCAAGGCCACAGUUACAGUUUUCAUCACACCCCAUGCAUUUUGCUCAGGGUAAUUCUGGAGUCACAAGCGCAAGUGCAGCCAGUAUAGUCAGCGCAAUGACAGCGCAAGUACAAGCAGCCCUGGCGGCCGGCCGAUCCAUAGCACCAGGCACCAAAUUGCUAGGGGCUGAUGGCGCUGUGGGCGUUGUACGACAUGAUAGAUCAGUUCUGCUCACGGCCUUACCGCAUUCCGCUCGUGCGGCUCCGCCCCCAUACCCAGGAGUACGACCGACGGGCUCCGCCCCUUCGACGCCAGCACCUUUGCAACAUCAGCACCAACCGAUAUCUCAGCACCAUCAGCCACCACCGCCUUACCCUCAACAGAUGGCGUAUGAGAUGUGCGAGGCGUGGCCCGACUGGCUGCCGCGUCGCCCGCUGCUCUUGCAGGAGCAACCGUUGCUUCUGGAGGAGCUGUUGGAGCAGGAGAAGCGCGAGCAGGAGCGCGAGGGUGGGGAGUGGGGGGCGUCGGCGCUGGGGGCGGCCGCGACUCAGGCGCCGCCCCCCGCACCCGCGCCCCUCUACUCGGGAGUGCCGCCUCCUGCGCCGCCGCCGCCUCCCGAACGCCCCGUCUCCGAAGCGGACCACCACGCGCGGCUGCUCUACGAACAGUGGCUCAAGAACUACAACGCCUACGCAGCGGAUCAGCUGCGCUACUACGAAGCGGAAGUACAAAAACUCCGCAAGAUACGCAAGUCGCUGAAUAGUAAGCAGCGUCAAUUAAGAAAGUCCGGGAACGAAUUGAUGCCGAACGACGCUCAAGAACUACAGCGAGUGUCCACCGAACAGUCGGCCUUGCAAAAGCAUUUAGAGGCGGCCAGAAAGCAAGCAAGGCAGCACAGUAUGCUCGUCCAGGAAUACGAGACAAAACAACGUCAAAACAAUCCCCAAUUGACUCAACAGACAGUUAUAAAUCAACAACAAGUAACUGCUAAUCAGAAUAACUUCAAUCAAAAUCAGAAUAUGGGCCAAUCCCAACAAAUACAACAGCAAACGAUAAAUAGACCGAUGCAGAUUGGGCUUCAAGGCUCUGGAAUGCAACAACAACAGCAGACGCUUAUACGCACCCAACAAACGCUUCUUACUGCUGACGGGCAACCAUUGCAACAGCAAAGAAUAGGCUUGGUGACGUCACCGCUGAAUGCUCAAGGCCGUAUACUUCAAGGUGCUCGAACUUUGGUUAUAGAACAGACUGGAGCGCCGCAGCAACAACUAGUCAGACAGCUUUCUGGAGUGCAAGAUCGCGCUCAAUCGGUUGGCGGUAUAGUGUUUGGACAACAGCAACUUCGCAACCAGAUGAAUCCGGGCAGUCAAACGCCGCGUCCUGCAGGAUCGCGACCGGCCAUGUCUCCCCUUCAUGUACAAUCUCCUCACUCGCAAUCUCCACUGCACUCGAUUGCACCACAAUCUCCCCUACACCACCUCACCUCGCCGAUGCAGUCGCCUUUACACUCGCAACAGUCUCCGUUGCAUCACACUUCUCAAUCUCCAUUACAUUCGUCGACUCAGUCUCCUCUGCAUACCCAACAAUCUCCGAUGCACUCGCAGCAGUCUCCCAUGCAUGCUCAAUCGGGAAAUCAUCCCCAACAGAGUCCGAUGCAUCCUCAGCAAAGUCCAAUGCAUCCACAACAAUCGCCGAUACACCAACAGUCGCCUCUUCAUGCUCAGAAUCAGAUGACAGCGCAUUCGCCGAUGCAUCCACACCAAAGUCCGAUGCAUCCACAGCAGAGUCCGAUGCAUCCACAGCAGAGUCCGAUGCAUCAACAGCAGAGUCCCAUGCAUCCACAACCCAGUCCCAUGCAUCCCCAACAAAGCCCGAUGCAUCCACAACAGAGUCCGAUGCAUUCCCAACAGUCGCCAAUGCAUAUACAACAAUCUCCGUUGCAUACUCAGCAAUCUCCUAUGCAGUCGGCUAUGUCUCCGCAACAUUUUUUGCAACAACUGCAAGCGCAACGAACGAGCCCUCAGUUGCCUACUCCUAGUCGCAGUCCCCAGAUUUAUCAACAAUCACAAAUACAGAGCCCUGUGACUUCACAUUCGCCACAGUUACAAAAUAACGAUUAUUCAUCUGGGAGAUUUUCUCGGCCCGCACCAGGCUGUUCACCGCUACCAACUAGAUUCGCAAGACCGCCUCAUCACCAGCAAGGAAUGAGAGUUGGCGUACCGUUUGGUUCACGACAGCAAACGUCGCCGUUGGGCAGUCCUCAACCGCUACCGUCGCCCGGGAAUACUUCGAAUGAAAUGGCGAGACAGCAAAUGCUUCAGCGUCAGCAAUACAGCCCAAUGGGUGGAGCUCCUGCUUCGCCAUCAGUGUCCCGUUCACCUCACGUGGCUCGUACCCCGACGCCUUCUGCUUCGCCGGCAGCCUCCCCGGCACCUCAUCACGAUCACGGAGGUGGUCAUCAUCACCACAUGGCGCCAAUUCCGCCCGGGUAUAGAUACUUCAAACCGGGUCUUUUCGGCGGGGCCCCAGGAUGGCCACCCAAAGAAGAGGACAGGCGGAGAGGUCACGCAAGCAAAAUAUCCAUACUGAAACGUGGAACUCCACGGCCGCGUUUCUCGGGCAAAACUGCCGCUCCCGAGGUGCACCAGGAGGAAGGCGAACACAGCGAGGCCAGAAAAUACGUUCUGUACUCUACGGAAAGUGUCGACUACGCUUCUACUGAUGCUAGAAUGAGUUUCUCUAAAGAGGACGAUGAGAUAGGAAAUCUAGUUCAGCACAUGGACGAUGACGAUAUAGUGGUGGUCGAGCCAGGCGCCAUCUCGCCAGAAGAGCGCAUCGCCACUGAAGAGGAUUUCGAAGAACUUAUCGAUAGCGGCAAACCGGAAGACGAGGCCGAAGAAGAAAUUCAGCAUGAGAAAACGCCGACCCGAACUGAAACUACGACAAAAACUGUUGCCGUCAUAAGCCUGGCGACCGCAAAGCAACCCUCAAGUAGCUUACAACAGUAUAAAUUAGUGAACACUUCACAAAACUCAAAUCUUUCUCGUUUACCGAUGUUAAGCGCGACUGUCCUUUCGCCUCAUUCGAACACUAAAAUACUAAACGAAGUCUCUCAAGCAACUGUCGCUUCAGUGUCAAUAGCGAACCAGACAAUUUCGGUACCAGUUUUGAAGAAUCUCUCGGUUCCUAUUGGUAGUGUAGGGCAUGGCGGUGGGCUGACUAAAACUCAAAUAAAAAAAGUCCCACUCAACAUUACAAAUCAACAGUUAAAUUUAUCUUCCCAACAAAUGAACAAGCCGAUGAGUUCUGUAAUAAGCGUGAUAUCAUCCAAUGUCCCAAAGGGGUCGUGUAUCAAUCCCGUCAUUACUCUUGCUACUUCCAACACUAUGACGGGACAGUCCAGGGUCCCAGUAACGAUAAUGACCCAACAUCAAGUAAAGCAAAAAAUUGUUAAGACAAUCGAGAAACCAAUGGGAUUAUCUCUUUCAAAUACAAAAUUGUCAAGUUUGUCCGUAACUCAUGAUGCUACUUUGCCAGCUAAAAUUUUUCAAGAUGAUGCCGCUUCUCCGGACAGUACGGUUACUGCAGAAAAUGCACAGGAACAGCAGGCGACAUCUACCACAUCACAACAUAAUAUUAUGCUCUCUUCUUUGAGCCAGGAAAUAACGCCAAAAGAACCUAAACACACUUUAAAGGAUUCCAAUAGAGAUAUCGAUAUUGAGAAUGAAAUAAGCCAACAAACUGAGCUGCCUCAUACACUCUGUUUAACUGAUAGGACACCAUUGUUACUAGGUAAAGCUGAAAUUAAGAGUCCAGAUCCAAUACCAGAGAAAAUUCCAGACAACAUAAUGGAGGGUGAUGAUGAGGAUAAACCGGAAGAUAAUAUACAAAGCAAUUUAUUAUUACCAUUCAAUAAAGCAAAUAAUGAACAUGCGACGUCGUCGGAGGCCAAACACGAGGACAAUGUGGUUAAGACAAUUAAAGCUAUUGCUAAUCAAACUAAAGAAAUGGUUAUCGGUUCUAACAUGCAAAUUUCAUCUGAUUUGGCCCAAGAAUCUGUUCAAAUAUCAAUUCCUUCACCGACACCGUCUCAGGAACGAUAUCUCAAUGACAUUACAAUGCGUGAACACCCAGAAACCUCUGAGGGUAAUCCGAAACACGUGGAAUCCUUUGAGGACAUGUUAUGUAUGCUCGACAAUAUAGGUGACGAUGGGAAAAGUUUUGGAAGUAAACAGCAGCCAAACAAACAAACAGUUCAAGCUGCAAUGCAUAAUCCAAACCACCCACAUAACAAUCCUACGCCUCAGCGGGUAAAUAAAGAACCACAGGAACAGCCAACAUUUCAGGCACGAGAACAAGAAAGACUCAAUAUGCAAUCGGCAACAGUGCCUCAACUUUCGCCUUUAUCCCAACCGGCUGAAAUGACAUCUAAUAUGGCCAGUGUAUCACAGCAAUUGAGAACUAUAAUGUCUUCACUUAAUACUAAUGCGUCGAAAGUGGACACCCAAAUGGUCACCAGAAAAGUGGAUGCAACUCCGACACAAGUAAACUAUGAAAAUCUUCUACCUUCCUCAAAGGUCGAGGUGACCGCUUCGAGGCCACCUCCACAAAAAAUUGAAAAAUCCCCAACAUCUAUUUCGUCCUCUGAUCCAUUGCCUAUGAGUGCGGCGCAAGCUUUUGGAUCACGCGUAAAUACAUUAUCCACAUUGGGACAAAUGCGAAAAUCACCGACAGUGUCUCCUAUCAACUCACCAAGCGUCAAUAUGCAAAGUAAUUUAUUAAAAUCGCCUGCUCAGUCGCCUCUUAUAACGACUCAAACAAUCACAAAUCAAGGGUUUAAUUCAGGAGACGAUACCAUUACUACAUCAAUCCAAUCGCAAAUUAUUCAAAUGCCCGCCUUGUCGAAAAUUCAAAGUAAUUUAAAUACAUCACAGGUUUUGUACUCUCAUAGUAACAACACCGUGACUACAAGUAUAAGUAAUUUCCAGAAAUCUCAGGCUCUACCUACGAGCAUAUUAGGUCAUACAUUGCUUCAACCUGCCAGGCAAAUCAAUACUAGUAACCUGCAAUUCAAUCCACAGUCGAUAAGUUCUAGCCAACCGCCAGCGCUGGUGAUGACUUCGAGGUCAAUAAUAACUAAUAAAGAGCCCGCCCCUAAUGUAACCGUUCGUACACACAAUAUUGUUAAUACUGCCAUUAACCAUAUGCAGUUAAAACAAGCACAGGGACCACUUAACUUCAUUACUUCUUCCAAACUUUUGCAUACGCAAUUGACUUCUCCCUUAAAAAGAUCAAAAUCUACAGAUGAGCCGAAGAGUGAGGUGAUUGUAGGCCAUAUCCAACCAACAAAGCGGCAUAGUGUCGAGUCAGUAAUAGUCAAAUCGGAGCCAAUGGAGACUGACGACCACAACUCGACUGUAACAACUGCUGACAAUUCGGCAAAUAAAACUUUUCAACAGCAAAAUGCAAACCAGAGGAAUGAUGAGUCGCAAAAUGUUUUAUUGAAACAAUUAUUACAAACAACAACCGCGACUACCAGCGUAAGCGUUCCGCAAAGAACUGUGACAAUUCAGAGAACUGCACCAGCCUUGGGCACUAUUCCGUCGUUAGAAGCACAACUGGCCAGGCCUUCUAUUCCACCUCCUACUAUAUCUUUAACACAAGAGGUGGAAAUUCCUAAAAACUCUCCUAGGCAUAUCACUAGUAUUAGUCAACCUUUUACAAGUCGAUCGUUGACAUCUAUUCCUACAUCGUCGAUGUCACCAAUGAUGCACUCAUCAACGCAGUCCUUGAUGGAUGUUAGAAAACAACCCGUUAAACUUUUAAGUAAAGAAGAGACAACACCAAUACCUGAAUGUUCUCCAACCAUGAAGACAAUGCCGAUGUAUCCAAUGAGUGUAGAAAGCCAACAACUAUUGCAUCAACAAAUGAUCAAAAAGGAAGUACUACCUCCACAGCAAAGUCCCGUACAUAGGCCAUUCACACCUAUGGAUGUUAAGAAGGAACUUCUAGAUGAAAGCUCCCAACAAUCUGCGACUUCGGGAAUAUCAACUGCAUCGGAUCAAGGAAAGCUUGACCAACCUAUGAAGGAGGAGUAUCCAGAGAGUGUGAUAAUGGAUCAUGCAUCUGAAAUAAAUCCGUCAGAAACACCGUCUGAAGCGAAAAAACGGAAACGAAGGGAAUACCAACAGAAAAAAAGAAAGCAAAUGCAAAUGAACUUAAAAGCUGCUGCUGAAAAUGGUAUAAGUGCUGCAGCAAAAAAAAGACCUCGUAAGGGUUCGAGGUAUGAAGAAGAUUACGAUACCUUCAUUGAUAACUUAAUGGUACAACUACGCCUUUUACCUCCUAUGCAAAUUCAGGAGCCAUCAUUAACAACAAAUUUUGCAGUUUGUCCUUUGUUCGGAUCUGGGGAUUUAACUAAAUUAAAAAACAAGGAUUACGACAUUUUAAAAGGAGAUUUGUUAGGCGAAUUUGGUAAUGCUACGAUUCCAAAUGUUGCCGAUUAUUAUAACACAAAACCGUUUGGCGACGAGGAACCGUUACCCGAGAAACCACCAGCGUCAACACAAAGAGGCUUUUAUGAUCAAGAAUUUCAACCUAUUCUAUUUGAAGAAGAUCCCGAAGACAAGAAGCUUGAUUUUAUUUGUAAAGAGCGUGACACGGAUACUCCAGAUACAAUUGUUAGUUGCUCAAGUCCUGAAGCAUUCGAAUUUGAAUCAGAUGAUAGAUUCCCUGGACUCAAACUUAUUGAUGAUGAUGAAGAGGAGGAAGAUGAAGAUAUACUCGCACCUGGUCGAAUUUCUCCUAUUAUUCCUAUCAUAACUCCUAUACCUAUUCGUGUAAAACCUUUGUCGUUGAAAGACGACGAAGACGGUCACAAACAAUUGAAGUCUGUAGACGCAAUUGUCAAAACGAAAAUGGAAGACUCUCCUAGUAAUCCAGAGAGUAAUGAAAACGUUACCGUUACUCUCACCCUUACAUCAGGAGCAGCUGAAGAUAUACUAGGCGUACUUAAAGAACUUGCAGGAAUACUGCACAUUCCGCCGCCAACAGCAUAUCAAAUAGUGGAAAGAACUGCGACACCACCUUCUCACAAAUUAGGACUAUAUAGAUCGAAAGGAAAAGAUGGUAAAGAAGGAGCACCUAUCGAUAUACAAAGCAUUUUGAACGGAGCGGCUAAGUUCUGCCGUCACUGCGAUGUUGUCAUACUAGAUUCAGUCGUCCGAGCUAAGGCUUCCGAGUUUCCACUUCUCGCAGCUAAUAAGGGUAACGCUGAGGAAAUCCUCUGUGACAGUGAUUCGGAGCUUUAUUUCUGUAGUGCACAAUGCUAUGAACGAUUUGCGUGGCGCCCAACGAAUAUUAUUCUCGAUGGAAAAAAGAUGCCGGUUAAGGAAGAUAGCAAAUCGGAUAUCGAAACUAAUUUGUCUAAAGAUCGCGAUGACUUCGACACAGCAUCAACCGAAAGUAUGGAAACUGAUGAAUUCGAUAUUAAACCUGACAUCAAAGAUGAGAAAAUGGACUUAUCAUUUAUGGAUUCGUUAGACAAUGAUGAAUUGAUGAAAGAAGUCGGUGACGAUGUGAGCGCGUUAGAUGAAGACUUAAAGAGUGUCGAUACUGAUGAAAAAAGUAAUCAAAGCGUUGAGAAAGAAAAGUUCAAAGGUAUCCGUUAUAAAUUAUGGACUCCGGGAUGCAUUGGUCCGCCCGUUAAAUACAAACGACCGACCGAUAGAGAGCUUACUGAAUUGGUUUUCCGGACAGGCGUAGCUAUAAUGCCUGUAACAAAUGAAGAUUCCCGAAAGUGUGAACUGUGUGGAAUUCAAGGGGACGGAGUUGCAGACGGUGUGUCGAGGCUGCUGAACUCAGAUGUAGACAGAUGGGUGCACCUGAAUUGUGCGCUUUGGUCUGAAGGCGUGUAUGAGACUGUUAGUGGAGCGCUCAUGAACGUAGACAACGCUUUAGCGGCCGGCUCCAAUGCAACUUGCGCGGUUUGUAGAAGAUUGGGAGCAACUGUUAGAUGUUUCAAAGUCCGCUGUGGAAGCGUUUACCAUCUCGGAUGUGCUGUGAAAGACAAUUGCGUAUUUUACAAGAACAAAUCUGCAUUCUGCGCCUCACAUGCUCCAAAGAAUGAAAAGGACAACGAACUGACAACCCUCAGCGUCCAGCGUCGUGUAUACAUAUCCCGAGAUGAGCAGAGACAGGUGGCCUCUGUGAUGCUUCACUCUGACACCAACCACCUGAUCCGUGUGGGCGGGCUUAUCUUCCUCAGCCCUGGGCAUUUGUUGCCACACCAACUGGCUGCAUUCCAUACCCCCAACUAUAUCUACCCUAUUGGAUAUAAAAUCGUGCGUUUCUUUUGGUCGAUGAAUCGUGCAAACAGCCGUUGUCGCUACGUGUGCUGGAUAUCAGAAGAGGAAGGUCGGCCCAAGUUCCACGUGCGGGUUCAAGAUGACUCCCGCCAUGAGAUGUGCGCUCCUACGCCACGUGCUGCCUGGGCUAAGGUACUAGACACUGUAGCCGCAUUGAGAGAGGGCCGAAAUGAAGAUGGCGUUUUAAAACUGUGGCCGAACUAUGUGACCGGAGAAGAUUUAUUCGGACUCACUGAGCCAUCCGUUGUGAGGGUAUUGGAGAGUUUACCUGGUAUCGAGACACUAACGGACUACCGCUUCAAGUUCGGUCGAUCGGCGUUGUUAGAAGGUGGUUUGGCCGUAAAUCCAUCCGGGUGUGCUCGUAGCGAGGCUCGUUGCGCUCGCGUAUGGAGACGUAAUACUCGAUCGUUGGUUCCCGCCCAACCGCCACCCGCUACUGCCUUGGACAGUCCCGCCUGCCCUUAUUCGAAACAAUUUGUGCACACAAAGAGCAGUCAAUAUAAGAAGAUGAAAAUGGAGUGGAGGAAUAAUGUGUAUUUGGCAAGGUCAAAAAUUCAAGGCUUAGGACUGUACGCGGCUCGUGAUCUUGAAAAACAUACGAUGGUGAUAGAAUAUAUUGGUGAGAUCAUACGAUCGGAGUUAUCCGAGAUACGAGAGAAGCAAUAUGAAGCGAGGAACCGUGGCAUCUACAUGUUCCGUCUGGACGAGAGACGAGUAGUGGACGCAACCCUCUGCGGAGGGCUCGCCCGGUACAUCAACCACUCGUGCCAACCGAAUUGUGUCGCGGAGACUGUGGAAGUGGACAGGCAUCUCCGCAUCAUCAUAUUCGCUAAACGACGCAUCUCUAGGGGCGAGGAGCUGGCGUAUGACUACAAAUUCGACAUAGAAGACGACGCACACAAAAUCAUGUGCAUGUGCGGAGCACCAAAUUGCCGCAAAUGGAUGAACUAAAUGAAGACAAACGUUUACGAGUAAUUUUUCCCUAGAUUAUUAAAAUUACGAAAGAAAUUCUCCGAUUUAUUCGGCGGAUAGAUGAUGGCUAUGAGUGUUAGUUGUACCAAAGUAAUUUUACAUUUGUAUGACAUUUGACACGUCCACGUUUGAGAAAUGUGUGAAUUUUCGACUAAGAUCAUUGUUAUUUUUUUGACGAGUUUUCCCGCAUAGGUUAAGUAUAUUAUUAUGAAAUCUUUUAUAAUUUGAAAUUUAUUAUCACUUUCGAAUGUUUAUUUACUGUUGCUAUCGACAUUAUUCUAUCGAAAUUGUAAAUAUGUACAUUGAGGUCUGUGGUUUUUUUUAUAUUUAUCAUCUAUAAUCUCGUCGGGGGUUGCAUUUAGUACUUCGGUUAGUUGUAGCAUCUGUCUUCUUAGUUAUUUAUGAACUGUCAUCUCUAUAUCGUAUUUUCUUUUCUGACUUAGAACUUUAUUAUUUUUUUAUUUAUGAAUUUUAUGGAACAUACUGCUUCUAUAAUCGAUUUUGCAAUCCUAUGUGUAACUGAAAUAAUUUUAAAUAACUUUGUGGACGGAUCACCACAUCGUGCCUCACAGUUUUGUAUGUAGCGUAGAUAGACAUACGGACACCAGGGCGCCUUGCUAGUGUUAGGUUAGAAGUUGACCACAAAACCUAAAAGUUAACACUUCGUUUGGCUUAAAAUACAAAUAACAUUUUUAAGUUAUUUUGACGUAUUUUCAUAUUCGACUCUUGGUUUUAUGUCACGGCCAAUUUUAAAUCAAUAAAAUACAUUUUUAGCGUAAUUUAUAAAAUCCAAGUGAAGUGUUAAAUACUAAUAGUUUUAAAUAGGUAAAGCUGUGUAGUUAUAAUCCAAUUGUGAUACCUCACGUAGUCACGACGUAGGCAAUUUAGCGCAAGUGCCCAACGUAACUUAGCGUAUUGCAUUUAGUUUAAGAAAUCCAUAAAUGUAUAGAAAAAAGGUAACGCAAUGUAGAUGUAAGAUUUCGUAAAUCGAUUUUUUGUAUUUAAUACGAAUUUGUCGCGAGGUUGAACUGCAUUAUAAGUUUCCUUACGGUGUUUUCCUUUACACAGCUAAUAGUACCAUUGUGAUAAAAUAGCGUUUAUCUAUUGAUAAUCUUGACUUUUAUAACAGUGCGAGUCUCAAUCCGACUGAAAUGAAACUGAGUUACGAUCGCGUAGUUUUAAGUAUUUUGUGCAAUAUCGUGAGAUCGUUUUUGUAAAUAAAGGCAUAAUCAACAAAUAGGAAUAAUCAUGUAUGAAUUUUGUUUAUCGCUAUCCAAGUGAUACUGACAUUGCUUUACCAUCAGUUAUUUAUUUAAGGCAUUCCCAUAAAAUACACUAUAUGAGUAUGAUUUCACAGAAGGAAUUGUGUAUGAAUAUUCCAUAUGAAAUAUUUUUGUCACAUUAUUUUUACUUUCAUUAAAGAUU